UGCACCGCCCAUGAACAGGACAUCGAACAUCGGAUGGAUUUGUUUUUCAUUGACUGUUUCUGAGAAGAGAUUCAUUUUCCUGCAAAUAAUUAAUUAAAAAAUAUAUAGGUAUUGGUAAUUUGAUUGUGGCACUAAUUUUACGACAGUGUGGUGAGGACACGGAAAAAAACUAUCGGUGAUACAUCGACAUCAUCGUAUGUUUAAAAUAUCAAAUUUUAUCGGUGUACCGUUGAACUUACUCUUCGCUCCAAACUCGAACGAUGAUCGCCGGCUAGUCGUCCGUGUUAAUGUUCAGCGGUCUUGUUAAGCGCACUGUAAAGUCUGCGUCGCGCGAAGAUGGAUCUGCGAUCGUUGGAGGACGAUUUCGCGAGUCACUUUAUGCGAAUCUACUUGAUUCGCGCAAAAUCUUUGUCAGCGGUUCACGGGUCCGACAAAACGUGCCCGACCGCCGACGCUGAGUUGGAAUACGCCACGGACGCUUUCCGUUGGCUCCGGAACCACUCGCCACGACUGUCGUCCAGCGCUAAACACGAGUUGUUGGAAUCCGGAUUGGUACCGCUCUGCUGUUGGUUUUGUGACCACUACUUCGUCGACGUACCGCUCAGCCGCAGCGUACUGUUACAGUUCUUGGCCAAUUUUUCUGUAAACCAUUGCGAAGCUCAACGAAUUGUAUUUCAAGAUUUUAACGGCACACUAAGAAAUUUUAUAUCUUCAUCGGAUGAUUCUAAGUUAUUGAAUAAUUCAAUAAUGCUGCUGUAUAAUUUAUGUUUAUACAAUACUCAUUUUAGACAAGAUGUUUUAAAAGAUGAAAAAGUAAUUAAAAAAAUCAUGGAACACUGGACUCACAAUGAAAUAGAGUAUAGUAAAAUAUUUUUAGAUUCCAUCUUCUCAAGUUCUGAAGAUUUCUUAUGUACCUAUACAAAUCUUUCUUAUACUUCAAAAGAACAACUUACGAGCAUGUUAUCCAUUUGGUUGGAUCACUAUAUUGAAGAUGUGUCUUUAGAUGUUAUAUAUGUAAUAAUAGACAAUUUUUUUAUUAACUGCACUGUUGAAGAAAUAACCAAUAAUAUAGUGAAUGUUCUUGCCAAAGCAUCUAGUAUAGAAAAAUUUAAAUCUGAUAUAAAACAACACACUCCUCUAUUAAAAAAAUCAAUGGACAUUUUAAUAACUAUUCAUGAACAGGGUAAGGAUUCAAAUAAUGACUUUAGCCCAGUCAAAGGCUUGUCAGAUUUAUUGGUUAAUUUUGAAAUACAAAAGCAGCAUAGAUUUUGGUUUAAAUCCGAUAUAAUAAGACUGAUAGCAAAUAUGUGUUAUAACCAUAAAGAACACCAACAUUUGAUGGGUGUUAAUAAUAUUAUUCCAAUACUAUUGGAGUGUUGUUCAUUUGAUGCUAAAAAUCCAUGUGAGUUACAUAUACAUAAUAUAUAUAUAUAUAUAUACAGUGUGUAAACAGUAAUCGAGAACACUCAAUAUCUUUUUGUAGA